UAUUUCUUCACUGUCACCAUCUGUAGCGGGAAAGCAGCGAGCGCGCGGAACAGUUUGGACAACGACACCGAGACCGGCUCGGUGAUGUCGCAGAGAAGAGAGCGGGAGAAAGAGCGGCCCAGGCGGAAACACGGCGACCACGGUGGGAAGCAGAACGGUUUGUCCUCCCGGGCAGCGGGGCGUGGCGUCGCAGAGUUCGACAGCUGCUCUUCUUUCAUGAGCAGCGAGCUGGAGUCCACUUCCUGCUUUGAUUCAGAGGACGACGACGCAACCAGCAGAUUCAGUAGCUCAACAGAACAGAGCUCCUCUCGCUUAAUGAGACGACACCGGCGCCGUCGGCGGAAACCCAAGGCCUCCAAUCUGGACCGGUCGUCGUCAUUCAGCAGCAUCACAGACUCCACCAUGUCUCUCAACAUAAUCACAGUGACGCUCAACAUGGAGAAAUACAACUUCUUGGGCAUCAGCAUCGUGGGCCAAAGUAACGAGAGAGGAGACGGAGGAAUCUACAUUGGCUCCAUAAUGAAAGGCGGGGCGGUGGCUGCGGACGGACGCAUCGAGCCCGGAGACAUGCUGUUGCAGGUGAACGACAUCAACUUUGAAAACAUGAGCAAUGAUGACGCAGUCCGAGUGCUGAGGGACAUCGUGCAUAAGCCGGGUCCCAUUACUCUGACUGUGGCCAAAUGCUGGGAUCCAAACCCACGGGGAUGCUUUGCUCUGCCAAGAAGUGAGCCAAUUCGACCCAUUGACCCUGCGGCAUGGGUGUCGCAUACCGCAGCAAUGACUGGGGUGUAUCCCGCUUACGGCAUGAGCCCCUCCAUGAGCACCGUCACCUCCACCAGCUCCUCCAUCAGCAGCUCCAUUCCGGAGACCGAGCGAUUCGAUGACUUCCACCUCUCCAUCCACACCGACAUGGCAACAGUUGCUAAGGCCAUGGCCUGCCCUGAGUCAGGCCUGGAAGUGCGAGACCGGAUGUGGCUCAAGAUCACUAUCGCAAACGCCUUUAUUGGUUCUGAUGUGGUGGACUGGCUCUUCCACCACGUGGAAGGCUUCACAGAUCGCAGAGAAGCCCGUAAAUACGCCAGCAACUUGUUGAAGGCCGGCUACAUCCGACACACCGUCAACAAGAUCACCUUCUCUGAGCAGUGCUACUACGUAUUUGGAGACCUGUGUGGCAAUAUGACCCACCUGUCUCUCCAUGACCACGACGGUUCAAGUGGGGGCGCCUCGGAUCAAGACACCCUCCCCCCUCUGCCGCACCCCGGGGCAGCUCCGUGGCCGAUGCCCCUGCCCUACCAGUUCCCCAUCCCUCACCCGUACGACCUGCCGCAGCCCUUCCACGGCGGGCCGGCCGCUGGCAGUGGAGGAAGCCAGCACAGCGAAAGCAGCGGCUCCAACUGCAGCAAGAACGAGGGGCGGAAGUCUGGCGGCAGCGGCAGCGAAGCGGAGAUCAGGAGCCACCGGGCUCCCAGCGAGCGCUCGGUGGCGCCCCCCAGCGAGCGCAGCGUCCGCAGCUCCUCCAGCCAUCGCAGUGCCAACAACCCCCACCCCUUAGUCUACGGGCCGGGUCUGGUCUACGGGCCGCCCGGCAUGCCCCCACAUCUGUCCACAGCCGCCCCCGGCGCCCCGCCCGGCAGGGAGGUCACCUCGGUCCCCCCCGAGCUCACCGCCUCGCGCCAGUCCCUGCGGAUGGCCGUGGGCAACGCCGGCGAGUUCUUUGUCGACGUCAUGUGAUAAAAGAGUAGCAGGAAUGCGUGUGAAGAUUUCCCUAAAAGCAUGGACGCCUCUCUCCUUAGUCGUUGUGGCCAUAUUUUCUUCAGUGAAGAAAAACACUUCCCUCACUCAAGAUGGAACCAAAGCGCCUCUGUCAGUUUCCGCCUCUCAGUGGGGGAAGAGUUAGUGCUCGCACAAAGAGCGGGAAGGCGGUGGUGGGGGGGGGAGGAAUGGUGGAAACAGACAAAUGCGGGGGAUGACUCAGCGCUUUUCUACGUGGAUGUUUUUUUUUUUUUCGUGUCUCUUUCCCGGUCUUCCUUCUCCUGACAUUCUUUGCCACGCGCCACUCGUCUACGGGCUUACUUCCAACAUGAACACUAACGUUAAUGUUUGCUUGAGGGAGAGAAAAAAAUGUCCUUUUAAGAGAAUUACAGACCUUCUUACUGUCCGAAUGCAUUCUUUUUUUCUUUUUUCCAAUCAUGUACGUCGUCAGCUUCAACAGCCAUCUGUACGCUACAUACAAGUCUGAUUUGACUUUGUUCUUACCGUGUCUUUCACACUACUCUUAUCAAGGAAAUGCCUUUUAAUUUAUAAAUAUAGUUUUAUGACUUAACUUUA